AGUCAUCAACUCUCCUCUGGGAGAAAAGCUAUUUUGGUUGAAAGGAAAAAACACAAACCGUUUGGAUCGAUCCUUAAGAACAGAAAAGGUGAUCAAACUUCGGGAAUCCUGUGAAACAAUGAUCUUCUCAUUUCCAUGUUAAAACCACACGCAUUGCACAUUUGGGUGGCUUGAAGUUUUUACUUUAGUUCUUCAAUUAAAAUGCAGCGUGAGAAAGGCGUCUAGGCCCACAGAGAAAUCACACACAAAGCAGAAGAACCUUGAUGUAGUCACAAUCCACAAUAUUCAUUGGUUUACAAGAAUUCCCAUCACAUCAAAAAAGAAGAAGUGAUGGAAUGUUUGCUUGUUUAUUACAGAAUUUAAAAUAGAUUUUUUAAAUAGAUUUUUGCACACCAGACACUUCUAAAUUAACAUUUUGCAAGGAAGGUGUUUCUAGGAAGGAAGUAUUUCACUACAAGCUUAAUGCAGUCUGUUUUUAAUUCAUAAAUGUGAUCUAACAAAGGUAAAAAGGGCAAAUAUUAACCAUAUAUGAUUUAUAUUGCUUGUAAUUGGGAUGAAGUAAACAUCUGUUGAGUAUUUUAACAUAAAAUUGUUUGAAUGUGUUGAAUUAAAAACCCCAAAGUGCAGCGGCUCCACUGGGCCUACAAACACUGGCUUGAGAACAAAAAUAUGAACACCACAAGGGUUAAAAAAGCCUCAAGGAUUCCCAGGCCACAUACUUCCACACAGAGAGCCUUUUAGGGGAUUAAAAACAAUCUCUUUAAAUGUCUUUAAAUAGCUGUUAUGUAAACAAUCAAAACAAGUGAUUGCACUGAAAGAAUAGUCUGCAGUAGAACAGUACACACACAAAAAAAAUAAACAGUAUAUGGUAGGCAAUACGAGAAGUUGAUGUGAUUUGUUUAAUUGGUAUGACGAAAAAAACAAGACACGUUUCCUUUAUUUAUCAAUUCCCCUUUAAGAAGAAGGUAAUGAAAAGGUUAAUUGUUUUUGUGCAUCUGCACUGCAUUCACACGUUGCUUUCUAAGCUGCUCAGCAAACAGCAGGAGGAAGCCAGAUGACUGAUGCUCAAACACACUGAAAGAUACAAAUCGUCCCCCUGAAUGUGGAGCCCGUUAACUUCUUUUUCUAUCAAUAAUCAGAGACUCAAUGUUCUCGCUGAGCUAAUUGUGGAUUUUAACUAAGAAAAGCGUUCUUUUUUUUCAUCUGCCGGAUCCAUCAGCCCAGGGUGAGGCUGCAGUAAAAGGUAAGGUUUGAGUAAAUUCUCUCCAUAGAAUAAGCCACAUUUUGCUGAACCAUUUGAAAGUAAUGUCGAUGGAUGGCCUUGUGAUUUGACUAUAGAUCUGUAGGCCUCAAACAUGCAGGGGUGUGUCCACAUUUUUUUUUUUUUACUGCAGAACUGGGAAACAGACUUAUGAAGGGGUGAAAUUAAGUAGAAGUAGAAAAAGCUAUUUUUUAUUGAAUAAUCAUAUCUUCCAGCAGUAAGUUAUGCGUUACAUCCCAGUACAUUUUAGUCCCGCCUCUCACAAGAGUGAUAGCCAGUGAUAGCCACAUCUGGGAUUGGACAAUCAGAUUUCUAGUUGGGGCAACUUGCCACCCCCUGAAAACACCCCUGCAAGUAUGCAGUGUGACAUUGAGUGCCAAAACUUUUAAUUUCAAUAUUGUAUUCACUCUAUCAAUUAGAAAGGCCCAAAGCCUCUUUGUAGGGACAGCUUGGUUUGAAUUUCUAUUCCCAAUGCACCAAAUAUUCUCUUAAACCUGCAGACGGACCAUCAUGUCAAGCUGCCCAGACACUCUACUGUUUCGUUUCCCCGCCCACACUGACUCCAUCCUCAGCAAAAUAAACGGGCUGAGAGAGGCGCAACACUUCUGUGACGUCACACUCCUCCUCUCAGGUCCACCAGGAGCCACUGCCCAGGCCCGUUAUUUCCACGGUCACAGAGUGGUCCUUGCUGCGUCCUCAGACUUCUUGCGGGACCAGUUUCUCCUGCACGAGGGUCAGGCUGAGCUGAGUGUGGGUGUGGUUUCCAGUGUGGAGGUUGGGUGGAGGCUUCUGCUGUCGUGUUACACUGGGCUCUUAAAGGUCCCCCUGAGAGAGCUGGUGAGCUACCUGACUGCAGCGAGUACGCUCCAGAUGACCCAGGUGGUGGAGAAGUGUGCCCAGGCCAUUUCCACUUACCUCGAUCCCACCCUAGCAUUCUUGAAACUGGAUGGACACUCAGAAAGGGAGAGGGAAAUCCAGCAGCAAGACUGCAGCCACUCAGGAACUCACUUCAAAGUUAAGGAGGAAAGGGAUGCAGCCCAGGCCAGCACUAGCAACCAGGAAGCCAGCACUGAGGAAUGUGGGAUAGCUGUGAUUCAGCUUAAGUUGAGGGUCAGCCAAGGAAAAAAGGCAGAGAUUGAAGAACUGUGUGAGGUCAGAGAUGACAAGGGAGCAAAUGUAGACAAUGAAGAGUUUUUUGAAGGUGCAUCAUGUUAUCUGGAAACCCUGGAGUUGGAGGAAGCUGGAAAAAUCCCACUUGAUCAAACAAACAAGCCAUCAUAUCAAGCUGAUCACAUUGCAGGUGGUUCUAGAUGUAGACCCCACUUUCCUACAGCUGUCUCAACUAGUAUUUCUUCAACAACUACAGAAAGUUCUUCUCAACUUGAGGAAUUGUUGAACAAUACUAGUAAACAAGAUAAAGGAGAAGAAGAAGAGGACAAAAGAGAAGAAAAAACAGCUAAACCACAAGAAUGUAGAGAUAAAGCAGACUUACAUCUGACACAGGAUUCAGACAACCCAUUGGUCCAAAGGCCCUACUUGUGCAGGAGGUGUGAUAGAGUCUUUCAGCACCUGGAGAGCUAUGUAGGCCACCUGAAGGAACACAGACAGUAUCUGUGUUUGGUCUGUAGGAAAGUAUUUUCCCAGAAGAGCAACCUGACCCGACACAUACAGGUCCACACCGGUGUCAAGCCUUUCAGGUGCCCGCUGUGCCACAAGACGUUUUCCCAGAAGGCCACGCUGCAAGACCACUUCAACCUGCACACAGGAAAUAAGCCCCUUAAAUGUCACUGCUGUGGUGUGCACUGUGCUCAUAAACUGGAUCUCAGGCGCCAUCUUAAGGGCAUUCAUGGUAAAUGCAGCCUGCAGAACCUGCUGGAGGCUGUGGACUGAUAAUGAAGUAGUUACUGUGGAGCAUACGAAAAAAAAUAAGGUAACAUUAAGCACAAUAUAAUUCUAAUAAUCAUGACUUGCGGGGUAAUAAAUAUAAGGGAUUAUAAUUAAAAUUGUUUUGUUUUGUGUUGCAAUGGUUUUUUUU